AUGGAAGCUAUGCUUGCAAAGCUUAACAAAGAGUAUGAAGACAUGAAAAAAUUCUGGGAAGAGGAGAGAGGUAUUAUGAAAAGCCGAGGGGAGGUUCUUAAGAAUCUCGAAUUUCAAGUAGGACAUCUUUCACAACAAUUUCCAAGGCCUACUGACAGUUUUCCAAGUGAUACAGAGAAAAAUCCAAGAGGGGAAAUGAAGAAGGUAAGGUGGGAAGAAUGCAAGUCAAUCAAUCUGAGCAGUGAAGAAGGUCUGAAGAAAGAAUGCUCCAUACACUCAGAGCAUGAUGAAGGAAAACCAAGGAAGGAUGUAAGAGAGAUAGAAGAAAUGGCUUGCCCUGAACAGAGGAAGCAACAAAAAGAGAAAGAAUACCUCGAGCCCUUUGUGCCACAAGCACCAUUCCCACAGAGACUCAAGGAAAGUGAGGAAGACAGGUCAUAUUCAAGAUUCCUAGACAUUUUUACAACACUCAGUGUCAACAUCCCCUUCAUCAAAAUUCUUCAACAGAUGCCAACAUACAUCAGGUGCAUGAAAGAUUUGUUGACCAAGAAAGGAACCUUAAAAGGGGGAAAAACAGUGAAAAUGAACAAAGAAUGUAGUGCCCUCAUCAAGAAAGACAUACUCACGAAGAAAAGAGAUCCAGGUUGUUUUCAUAUUCCAUGUGCCAUAGGAAAGACUAAAAUUGACAAGGGAUUCUGCGACUUAGGUGCUAGCAUAAAUGUGAUGCCUCUAUCUCUUAUGAAGAAGUUACAAAUCAAUGAGCUGAGAUCCACGGAUGUAAUCGUUCAAUUGGCAGACAAAACUCAGAAGAAGGCUGAAGGACUAAUUGAAAAUGUAUUGGUGAAAGUAGGAAACCACUUCCUUCCCACUGACUUUGUUGUUCUGGACAUGGAGGAAAGCUACCUCCAUCCCGUUAUUCUAGGAAGACCAUUUCUAGCUAUUGGAAAAGCUCUCAUUGAUGUAGAACGAGGAGAAUUGAUAUUGAGAAUACAUGAUGAGCAGCUCACUUUCCAGGCCUUCAAACCCGUGCAUGAAUCUGAGCAAGAGAGCAAAGAAUUAAAAGAAGAGCACAUUGAGAGUCCCGUAAAGGAGAAUAAAAAUGAACCACAUGGGCAACAUCUGGAGCUUUCCUUGAUAGAUAAACAAGAAGCUUAA